UGUGAGGGUGUGUGUGCAUUUGUUUGUACAAGACAGGGAGGGAUGUAUGGGAUGUUGUUAUAACCCUGAUGGACUCAGGUUACCUGUAAUUCAAUUCUACCAGGGCAUGAUGAUGAGUAAUGAUAAACACACAAUCAAGCCACAAUGCUCCACAGAGGCUUCGUCUCACUUCACUACAAACUUGAUGUUAAGAGAGGUUGUUAGAGGAUAUCUCCACACUAAAAUUUGGUUUUACUUACAUGUCAGGACUUUUUGCAUCGCCAUCCAGUUUGCACAGUGAUGAUCUUCACAGCAGAGCAGGUGGCUUGUGUGUGCGAGGUCCUACUGCAGAGCGGCUACAUGGAUCGUCUUGCUGGCUUCCUCCGCACUCUUCCUCCUCCUUCCUCCUCCUCCCUCUCCUCUUUCUCAGGGGAGCUGGAGAGCGUGCUGAAGGCUAAAGCCACGGUGGCCUUUCACCAGGGGCGCUUCUCUGACCUCUACACUUUGCUGGAAGGCUUCCCCUUCUCCCCACGCAGCCACCCGCUGCUGCAGCAACUCUGGCUUCAAGCCCACUACAUAGAGGCUGAGGGGCAGAGGGGCCGACCCCUGGGAGCUGUGGGGAAGUAUCGCGUAAGGCGAAAGUUUCCUCUACCAAACACCAUCUGGGACGGAGAGGAGACCAACUACUGCUUCAAGGAAAAAUCCCGGAGUAUACUCCGGAAGUGGUACCAUCAUAAACCAUAUCCCUCUACACGGGAGAAGCGGGAGCUCGCAGUAGCCACCGGCCUGACAACCACACAGGUCAGCAACUGGUUCAAGAACCGCAGGCAGAGGGAUCGAACCACCGACGUUACCGGUUUCCAAACAGCUGACUCUGGAGGACCCUCAGGAGAGGUCAACCCUUACUCUGAUAACGACCUUUCACCUCCAGGCAGCCCACAUCCCCAAUACCAUGGUCCUCCACCUCCACCCCUCUCUCACCCACCUCCUCCUCUACAUCACAUGUGCUGAGACCUCAUCUAAGUCAA